CACUAUUAACUGAUUCAUUUUGGGGAAAAAAAAAAAUUCCUAUGACAGUAUCCCUUUAAGAGGAGCAGCAGUUUCCCUCACUACGCUUCUGAUCAUACGUGUUUUUUGCACAAACGAUAGGAACAGAAGAAAGGCGGUCAUGCAGUGUGUGGUCAUUUGUAUAGUCUCCGUCCGUUAGGCCUAUGGUCAGAGAGUGCACUGGAUCAGCCUGUAUUUAGCUGAAUUAACAGACCACUUGCAUUCGCUUAUUGGGUCGGUUUUUUGUUAUGACAGGAAUUUUUGGAAUUAAUAAAAUGAAAAUGUAUGUCAUUUCACUGGAUUACACAUAACGAUUCAGCUGUAGCAAUCCCAAGGUUUUUUUGUUUUUAUUUUUUUUAGAUCCUGUUUUGAGCGUGAAAAAAAAUGCUGGCCAAUCCGUCACUUAGCAAUUAUGUCUGGCUGAAAAACAGGUAUAUAUGUUUGUCUUGGUGCCUGAUCAUUUUUUCAAGCUAUUUCAUAGAACUGAACUUCCUCUACAAACCCACACAGGAAAUUUAAGUUCUGUCUCACCAUCACCCCAUCUCAAACCUCGCAGACGUACAACGCUGAUCGGGCAGCAGUGACAGAAUAUGGGGACUCUAUAAACACAAGGGUAAAACGCUGUGUGACCACCUUGGAAUAAAGGCAACGUGAGUCAGUAAGAUAACCGAGCCUGCGGAGAGCAUUACAAUCCAAACUUUGCAAUUGGAUGUUAAAGCAGGUUGGCGACAGAUGCCUCGACUGUGCAAUUGAGAUGCCCAAGUCCUUUAGGGGUGACACACCAGCACAUCAUGGGUUCCCGAAUUAAGGAAAAUCCAGACAAGAUAUUUGAUGGCUUCUUUGAAGUUUUGCGGCCAACAGCUUUGGACCAAGAUCCAGUCUUGCAAAUGCAAUUUCCUGAACAUUUUGAUGACCAGGAUUCUGUAACAACGCUAACAAGAUUCUGUUUUCCAUUUGAUGUUGAGAGAUGGGAGAAUCCAUCAGUCCAGCAUUUCAGCUUUACAUUGACAGAUCUUCUGGGCUUUCAACGCUUUGGGUUCUGCCGUCUGUCUGUUGCCUCCAGAAGUUGCCUCUGCAUUCUCAGCUGUCUCCCCUGGUUUGAGCAUUUCUACAAACUUCUCAACAACAUUGCAGAAUAUCUAGCAAAGGAUCAGUCUGUUGAGAUAUGCGAUUUAUUACAAACUGUGUAUCACCAUCCUGUGCCCCAAGAAAACACAGCACUUAGCCUGGAAAUGCUUUCAUAUUUCAUUGCUCCUGACCCUACACGACUUCCAUCAGUACCAGAGAAUAGAAAUCUUACAGAGUUCCUGGUAGCAGUUCAAGUGGACACCAUGCUGCAUUUAUAUUCCAGCCUAUUGUGUGAGAGAAGGAUCCUCAUUACCUCCAGCAAGCUCAGCACACUCACAGCCUGUGUUCAUGCCUCUGCGGCCCUCCUGUACCCGAUGUACUGGCAGCACAUCUACAUCCCCACACUACCGCCCCAUCUGUUGGACUACUGCAGUGCCCCUAUGCCUUACCUGAUCGGAGUUCACAGUAGUCUGAUGGAGAAAGUGAACAUUAAGAGCCUGGAAGAUGUAGUGAUAUUUAAUAUGGACACGAACAACUUGGAGACUCCAUUCAAGGACUUGGAUAAUCUCCCUCCUCAUGUGGUUUCUCUACUAAAGCUCCGACUCAAAAAGCCGUGUGCAGUAAUGGGCGAUGGGGUGUCUCAUGUGUUUCUCAAGGCACAGGCACUGCUGUUUGGGGGAUACAGGGAUGCCCUCAUCUAUACUCCGGGCCAGGCAAUAUGUUUCUGCCAGGAGUCCUUUCUGAAUCACAAGUGCAGCGCCAUGAGAAGCUUCCUGCAGAACGCCAUUCACCUCCAGCUCUUCACUCAGUUUAUAGACAGUCGCCUGGAGAAGUUAAACGCUGGGGUCGGAUUUACGGAUGCAUUUGAACAGGAGAUUACCAACUGCGGCCUCUCCGGAAACUCAAAAUCCUAUCAGAUGUGGCUGGAACACCUCAAGAAAGGAGGUGGCUCCCUCAUAAACAAUGUUAAGAGUCGCACACACCCAGCUGUCAGGAACAUGCUGAGAUAUGCCAAAGGACAGGCAAAGACAGGUUUACAGGGAAUGAGAUCCCGCAUCAAACAAAAGGACCAGUUUCAGCUCCAGCGUGGAGGCUCACUCCGUGGAGAUGAAGGAUCAACACAUAAUCACGAGAGGCUACAGAACAGAUUGCCCAUCACACAGCACUUUGGUCACUCACGUCCUAGGAGACCAGGAAAGAAGUAUUCAGACAGCAAUUUAUGGGACAGCGAGAGUUACCCCCAGGCUGAGAGAAAGGAGGAGAGCACAGCCAUGCCUGCUGCUGAAGAUGACUUCCCGCUGCUCCAGGAAAAGGGCAUGGACUUGCUGGAGGAAAUCUUUGAGACACUGAACACAAGAGCACCUGGCGAGGAACGUGCACUGUAUGGGACCCACAGCCUGGACUUCUUCAAUCUAGACGACAGCCAAUACUUCACACGGUUUCAGUCAAUAAACCCCACAAGUGAUGAAGACCUGAGUAUGAGUCAACCCAGAGACUCCAGCCUUUGGUACCUGCAGGAAGAAGACGAGGAGCCUCCAGGCUUCUACAGUGAGUCCCCAGAAGUCACUUCACUAUCUUCAGAGCCUCAAACUCCAGAUAUUGUCUCACUCAACACAGAAGACCCAUCACUAACUGCUGAGGACACUUUGGUGACCUCACAGUUGACAUCAAUUACCAGUGAUACUAAACCCUCUACCAGAGUGGCUACAGCACCCAUCCUGGACUCCCUAACCACAAAUUACAUAUCUCCAACUGCAGCACAAGCACCCGUAACCUCAGACGUCAAAUCACAAUUAACAGAUAGAAGUUUACCAACAGUAAAUGUAUGUCCGUCAAACCUAGAGGUAACCACCAAGGAGACUACCAUACCAUCACCAGAGUCUGAAAUUCCACCCACCACAAAAGAAGAAAGCAAGCCUGUAUCUGGCCUACCAACUGGGCAACUGAGUGGGCGCUGUAAGGAGGAAAGGGAAACAAGUGGUGGCAUCUCAUCCAGUGCGUCAGGCCCCUGCGUUCGUGCAGCAAUAUCUCGUUUCCAGGCAUUGGAUUUGGACCCCAGGAUGACAUGGAAAGGAAAUAGAAAGGAGGAAAAUCAAACCCAAAGAGCGAAACGUUGGAAUGACCAACAGCUUUGCAACAUGCAACAAGCCAACAACCCAAAUUCUAUCAGCAUGAAUAGCACCCUAAAGCUCAACUUCCAGUCAAAUAACAUCCCCACAUCCAGCACACAAAGAGGAGCCAAUACCCCAAAUGCUCAUUCAGAUAAUAUAAUAACCCAAGAACCAGAUGGUGUUUCGUCUUCCAAGCCUAAGGUCUCUGAGCUGAAGAAAAGAUUUGAGACCUAAGAAAUCGGCAAUCUGUCAUAAUAAAACCCAGUACCCCUUCUCCACUUGCAGCCCUAUUGCAUUACAUAAUUUAGUACAAUAUAUUUUAUAGGGGCAUUGGGAAUGACAAGGACCUUCUACACUUUAAAUUCCCUGAUUUUACAUUCUCUGAACUGUCUGCAAUCAAAUAAACAUACAGCCCAUUGUCUAUAGCAGUGAUCCCCAACCAGUGGCCCAUGAGUAACAUGUUGCUCUCCAACCCCUUGGAUGUUGCUCCCAGUGGCCUCAAAGCAGGUGCUUAUUUUUGAAUUUUAGUCUUGGAAACAUGUUUUGGUUGUAUAGAGACCAGGGGUACUGCCAAACAGAGCCUCCGUAGGCUGCCAAUCCACAUAGGGGCUACCAAAUGGCCAAUCACAGCACCCAAGAACAUUUUUCGUGCUAGUGUUGCUCUCCAACUCCUUUUACUUCUGAAUGUUGCUCACAGGCUCAAAAGGUUGGGGAUCCCUGGUCUAUAGCCACAGCAUUUCAUGGCAAUUUAUAAUAUAAAGUACAAGCAGUGGAUUACUGA